UCUGUUCCUACAAGCAGAGGAGAGUCGCGGGCUCAUGUGUCAACAUCCAGGCUUUCCCUCGGGGAGGCGGAACGUUAUUCCAUAAAAACUGGUCUUCCUUCGAUCUAGCUUUUCUCUCUGUUUUUUUCUUUUUUACACACAAAAAUAACCAAAUUUCAACUGUUUUGGUAUCCAUUUCUCCACGUUACCGACUCUGUGUGAAGACAAGGAUUGUUACGCGUGUCCUAAUAUUUCGGCGGUAGCCAACGUUGUUCCCAACGAUGACAGGGUACAAAGUGCGAAUACCAAUCAUUUAAAAAUCACAUAUCCGGGCGACGCGUUAGCUUAGCCAGCUAGCCCGCUUGGUUGGACCAGACGACGGAGACUCGGAGAGGGACGGUGCUGACAUGAUGUUUCCUCAAUCGAGGCACUCGGCAUCCGCUCAGUCCGGCCAACCCCUCAAGUUCACCACCUCGGACUCGUGUGACCGCAUCAAGGAUGAGUUCCAGUUCCUCCAAGCACAAUACCACAGUUUGAAGUUGGAAUGUGACAAACUGGCCUCGGAGAAGUCCGAGAUGCAGCGUCACUACAUCAUGUACUAUGAAAUGUCCUACGGGCUGAACAUUGAAAUGCACAAACAGGCGGAAAUAGUCAAGAGACUGAAUGGCAUCUGUGCUCAGGUGCUGCCUUACCUGUCACAGGAGCACCAGCAGCAAGUCAUGGGCGCCAUUGAGAGAGCCAAGCAGGUCACGCCCCCUGAGAUGAACUCCAUCAUACGGCAACAGCUGCAGGUGCAGCACCUGUCCCAGCUGCAGGGUCUGGCCCUACCCGUGGCCCCGCUGCCUCUGGGCCUGACCCCUCCCACCCUGCCGGCCGUGUCGUCCAGCUCGGGUCUGCUGUCGCUGUCGUCCAUCCUGGCCAACUACUCUCACGGCCAGGCCCAGGCCGCCAAGGAGGACAAGGCCCGCGACGGUGCAGAGAGAGCGCCCAGGCCGGAGGACGGGGACAAGUCCGACUAAACUGUGUCUGAAGGUCUCUGAGGUAAAGCUGUUUGUUUGUGUGUGUGUGUGUGUGUGCGUGCGUGUGGAGGUGAGUGGUGUUGUUAAGUGGAGAAGAGCAGAGACAAUGUCAGGAGGGGAGUGACGUGUAGAUAUUAUUUAGUGGACUACGUAGACUCAUGCUUGUAGAUUUUGACUUAGAUGCCAUUGUAGUGCAAGCCACUGUUUGUUUCUUUGUUCGGAGCGACAGCCUUCACGUUCUUCUUUCCAUUUCUUUGCUUCCCCUUCAGUCCUCCACUUGUUUACUGGAGCUUUGUUCAUUUGUAGUCCAAUGAAAAGAUGUUUCUUAAAGGGACAGUCAACCUCGAAACACAUGAUCCCUCACUUAAAAAAAAAAAAAAAAAAAAAAAUUGUAUUUACUUUACUUUUCGUUUGUUUUGCAAUGCCAUUCAGCUGUGUACCUCAAUUCCAUUUGAUGGGAUUUUAUUCCAUUACAACGCUUUCUACAUAUUGUGUACUUAAUCCACCUGAGGCUGUUCAGAAGGGGAUUUGUCUUAAAAACAUUUUUUUGUGAAACUGCAGGCAGAUUAGACAUUGAAAACAUGUGUUUGUAUGUCUGUGUGUGUGUGAUGCAAUUGGGGAUAAACGAAAACACUUUCUUUUUGCUUGAAGCACCUUUUCCUUGAAUGGUCCACAGUCUUGCUACAGCGCCCCCUGCUGGUCCACUCUUCAACUGACCAAGACAAAAAAAGAGGUCACGUUUCUCGUUUUAAAACACACGGACAACACCGACAAGACAAACAAAAAUAGUACAAGUACAAGAGAAAAAGUUAAGUUUAAAAGAAUAAAAUGACACUUAAUUCCUGUAAAAUGGUAUGAUUUUUCAAAAUAAUUUGUAUACCAUGGAAGUACUUUUUUCUUGUAAUACAGUUUUGUUAUUUUUAAAAAUCCCUUUCAAUUCCAAAUUUUGUUGCAUAAAAUCAUAAUUGUCUUGCAAAAUAAUUUGUUUUGAUUAACAUGACUGUUUUCAUGUAAAAAAAAAAAAAUUGAUGCAGUAAAAUGAUCUACCCUUUGUUAAAUAACAUCUCCUAAUUUGCACUGUUUUGCAUAAGAGAACCCCUGAACCCCCACAGAACAGUACGACCAAUUUAAUAAAUUGAACUGUUGAUAUAUUUACAUAAACUGACAUUUUUUAUAUCAAAUUAUGAAUUAAAAGGGGUUUCUUCUCCUAAAAUUACAAUAAAAAAGUUACUUUAGUCCUCAUAAAAACUUGAAUCGUCUGUUGAGUAAAAUUGCAAAUUGUUCCUGCUAAAAAGAUGACUCACUUUUAAUGUUAUAUUACAAAAGUAAAGUAACACAACAAACAUUACAAAAGUAAUAUUUUGCCACUUGCAGGGCUCCAGACUGUGACUAAAUGGUUGUAUUUUGUGACUAAAAUAUCAGACAUCGUGAGUAAAUUUGUCAUCUACUCGACCAGAUAAAGGUACACCCGUUGACAAGGGGCACCCUUGGUCCCUGACUACCGUGACAAUGAAUAAUAGUCUGUAAAAUGUGGAGUCAAUUGAUGACAACUUGUCAUGGUCUAAGCCUCCCGAUGCCGGCGUAUGUGAUCACACAUGCAUUCAACUGACUUUUCUACCACCUUUGUUUACACAUUUUGCCUGUCUUUCACUUUGUUCCGUCUCUGUGGUGGCAGCUCGCGAGCUAGAUUUAGCCGCCUCGCCUCUGGUCCACAGACUCCAAAUGUGACUUCUGUUUUUUUUAACCACGGUGAUAUUCUGUCUUUAAAACAAACAAGCAAUGCGCUUCGUUCGUAGCUCGAUUUGAUUCUACAGGAAAGCUACGAUGGCUGCCAGAUUCAUGGGGUGCGUGCUAACUUUUUGAAGUGCCACUUAACAACCUUGCUCUCUGCUCUCACUCUAAUUUUGAGUAGCUCACCAAAGAAUAUUUGCUUCAACUCUUUUCUUUUUUAUAACUCUUCAGUUCAGACAUGAUGCCUGUAUUUAAUGACAAAUGAGCACAAAAUAGCAUAAAGCCAAUGAGCACAAACUGAGUGGAGAUGUGCUUUGUAAAGAAAGCACAUUUGAAUAGUUGGCAGUCACAUAACACAAAUAGCUCACCUCUCCUUCCUUUUUGUCACGGUUUCUGGAAGUUGGAUAAACCUGGACACUCAGUUGAUACUGUUUUAUAUUAAGCAGGACAGAUUUCAAUCAGAAAGAUGUUUAAAUUGUUAUUUUGUUCUGUGAAUAGUGUUAUUUUUAACUAAACUAUAUCAUUGAACAAUGAAUGUCCCAUGUGUUGGUAUUACUUGAAAUCAGGCAUCAAAUUGAACUGAGGUUUGUGUCACAUAGUACAAAAUUUGUUUCAUGCAAUUAAAGGCAAACCGCCCCCUCCCUGAAAAAGGCGGGUUGGCUGGCCCUGCCAACAAGGUGUCACUCAUUUAUUUUUGCAGAAUUUGGCAGCCCUACCAGUUAUUUUAUUAUUUUUAAUGAAUAUUUUUUGUUGCUGACAAACUUGUGCUCCACACUUCAGCCCAGUAGUUGACAGUAACGUGCAUAUGAGCUAGUUUUCCUUAAGAGGAAGAAAGGAGAUAAACACUAAAGAAGAAUACAUUUUCUGCUUGCGCUCCUAAAAUUUUAAAUCUGUGCUCCUUGUAAAAAAAAAAAAAAAAAAAAAAGUUAGUCCGCAGCCCUGACUUGAUUCUCAUAAAACAAUCCCAAUUUUAUUCUUGUACUAUCAGUAAUCUACUAUCCAAUUUUGGUCCUAAAAUAUAUGUAAAAAAAAAAAAAAAUCUGACAAUGUUCAGUUUAAUUUGCUUUGUAGUCUUUGUGUGCGUGCGUGUGUGUGGAAAACGAGCCGACUAGUGGUGUUUCCACGUAAGGCCAGCAGGGGGCAGCGCUGUUCUCUCUUUGGCACUUGAGGUCAGUUAGAAUGUGAUUUUUAUUCCCCCCCCCCCCCGCCGCACCUCCAACCAGAGCUUUGACAACUCCCUGAAACCCUUUUCUUCUUUUUCUAAAUGACUUUAUACAAAAUUGUAACCAUAAUUAUUUUUGAAAAAGCACUUAAGUGGUGACUCUGUGCUAAAACUAUUUCCCCUAAUUAUGAAAACAGUCAAAUGAAUGCUGUGUGUGUGUUUUUGUUUUUGUGCUGUGAAGGGCCAAUUUGUACACAUAUGAAUAUAUCAAUAUACAUAUUUUUAAAGCAUUUUUGUAUGUUUCAAAGCUGCUUUUUAACGUGUGUGUAACAUGGAAGAUGUUUGUGUUGUGUGUGUGUGUGUGUGUGUGUGUGUGUGUGUGUGUGUGUAUGCGAGUGUGUGUUACAUUAAGAGGCACAAUGUCCUUUUUGUUUGUUUUUCCCCUUUCUCUCAUCCUCUGCCACACUUUGCUCAGUUUGUAAAUGUUGGAUCCUUUUUUUGUGCAAAGACAAAAAAAUGUGUUUUAAAAAGCUAAGACAACAAGAAGAUGAAAAAAAGCAACCUGUAAAGUGAAAAGAAACUGUGUACGCUAAUGACAACAAAUCAACCUUUUAGCAGUAAGGGAGCUUCUCUGGUGCCUUACAAAUAAAAGAUGUGAUUGAUUGGA